UGACUGCAGGAGCUGCAAUCCCCGUCCCACCACCAGCCUGGUCCCUGUUUACAGGCCGUGUAAACACAGGCCGGGGCCGGGGGGGUGAGUUCUGGACAGGCGGCCACUGGGUUUCCUGGAGUGAAGAAGUCUGAGAAUACUGCCUAAGACUAAGCUCGACACCCGAUGAUUUCCUCCAUUCUGUCCAGUUUCUUGCCGUUUUUGCGAAGAGCACCAACACUGUCCGUGCUACGAUGGAACUCAGCAAAGGAAUUUCUUGAUAUCAAGCCUACUACUUUGUUGUAUUUGAUUGCCGAGAAAAAGGGCUUUGUGGACCUGCCUGCUGUGGUUGAAGAUGAUUUAAAUGAACAGUUUGUCCGAGGACAUGGCCCAGGAGGUCAGGCGACCAACAAGACCAAUAACUGUGUUGUGCUCAAGCAUGUUCCCUCUGGAAUUGUAGUGAAGUGCCAUCAAACCAGGUCGGUGGAUCAGAACAGAAAAAUUGCCAGAUCAAUUUUGCAAGAAAAACUAGAUGUCUAUUAUAAAGGAAUAAACAGUGAAGUUGUGAAGGAAAGAAAAGAACAACAGUGGAAAAAACAAGAGAAAAAAAGGAAAGCAAAAGACAAUUUGGAAAGAAAAAAACAAUUUAAAGACCUUUUAAAAGAAUCUCCAGAUGCCACUUAGCUAAAGCAUCAUAAUAAAGUGAUUUCUUUAUAAACA